GCCGUGAGGCCGGAGAUUAUUUUUGCUGCAGUGUGCUUCUUGGGAUCCUACGGUUUUGUUUUUGCUUUGUUUUGUUUGCGGUACUGACGAUUGAACCCAGCCUUUGUUUUUGAUUUUAAGACAAGGUCUCAACUAAGUCGUUCACUUGACCAGGAUGGGCUCAAACUUCUCAUCUUCCUGCCUCAAACUCUGAGAACCUUGGGGUGCAGCGCGUGCUAUCACCCCUGCGCCAGCAGGCUGUUUUCAUAUUUGUGCAUGGGUGGAGGCAAGGCCCUGGGCUACUUCUGUGCUUUGCUGGGCUCAGCUCCAGUAGCAGUCCUCCGCAGCAGGCCCGGCAGAUGUUUGAGGGGGAGAUGGCGAGCUUGGAGGCUCUGCGCAGCACAGGCCUGGUGCGCGUACCUCGACCUAUAAAAGUCAUUGAUCUGCCAAAAGGUGGGGCCGCCUUUGUGAUGGAACAUUUGAAGAUGAAGAGUCUGAACAGGCAGGCAUCAAAGCUUGGGGAGCAAAUGGCAGAUUUGCACCUUUACAAUCAGAAGCUCAGAGAGAAGCUGAAAGAGAAGGAAAACACUGUGGGUUGCAGAGCUGAGGAUGCUGGGUGCCAAUAUGUGUCUAAGUUCGGCUUCCACACUGUGACAUUCUGUGGCUUCAUCCAGCAAGUGAAUGACUGGCAGGAUGACUGGCCGACCUUCUUCACCAGGCAUCGGCUACAAGCACAGCUGGACCUCAUUGAGAAGGACUACGCUGACCGGGAGGCAAGAGAACUCUGGUCUAAGCUACAGGUAAAGAUUCCAGACAUGUUCCAUGGCCUGGAGAUUGUGCCCGCCCUGCUCCAUGGGGACCUCUGGGCAGGAAAUGUGGCUGAGAACAACGAGGAGCCCAUAGUAUACGACCCGGCUUGCUUUUAUGGCCAUUCCGAGUUUGAACUGGCGAUCUCUCUGAUGUUUGGGGGGUUCCCCAAGUCUUUUUUCACUGCCUACCACAAGAAACUCCCCAAGGCCCCGGGCUUCGACCGGCGGCAGCUGCUGUACCAGCUCUUCAACUACUUGAACCACUGGAAUCACUUCGGGUUGGAAUACCGGAGGCCGUCCCUGGGGACCAUGCACAAGCUGCUCACCUAAUAAAGUUGCUGCAUGCCA